AUGAGCUCCUCCCUCGCGGGCGUGCCGCUGCUGCUGCUGCUGUUGACCAUGGUGGUUGCGGUGGGCGGCGAGACGCGCAGCCCGCGCUUCGUCACCACCAAGUACGGCAAACUGCGCGGCUCCAUCCGCGCGCUGCCCAACAAGUACCUCCGGCCCGUCGAGGUGUUCCUGGGCAUCCCCUACGCCACGCCGCCCACGGGCUCCAACCGCUUCAGCCCCACCCGCACGCCCAGCCCGUGGGCGGGCGAGCGCAUAGCCGACAAGUACGGGCCCGUGUGCCCUCAGCACCUGCCCGACAUCUGGGAGGACCAGGCCGACCUCUCCAUGCCGCGCGUGCGCAUGCAGCACGUGCGCCGCCUGGCCAACUACCUGACGCACCAGGAGGAGGACUGCCUCUACCUCAACGUCUACGUCCCUUCCUUCGUGGCAGACACGUCGGGACACCGGGCACUCCCCGUAGUGGUCUACAUCCACGGCGAGAGCUUCGAGUGGGGCGCCUCCAACCCUUACGACGGCUCGGUCCUCGCUGCCUACGGGGACGUCAUUGUAGUCACUCUCAACUACCGCCUCGGGCCCCUAGGCUUCCUCAACACGAACGCGGACCCGAGCGGGCGAGGCCACGUCAUGAACCACGGCCUCAUGGACCAGAUCGCGGCGCUCCACUGGGUGCAGGAGAACAUCGGGGCGUUCGGCGGCGACCCCGGCAGCGUGACCCUGGUGGGCCACGGCACGGGCGCCGCCUGCAUCCACUUCCUGAUGGCGUCGGCGGCGGUGGUGCCCGGCCUCUUCCACCGCGCGGUCCUCAUGUCCGGCUCGGCGCUCAGCUCCUGGGCCACCGUCGGGACGCCCACGCACUACGCCCUCAAGUUCGGCCGCGCCCUCAACUGCACCACCAACCUGCCGUCGGGCAUCAGCCUACACGAACCGGAGUUCACGCCCUCGAACGACGAGCUCGACCAGAUGGUCAACUGCCUGAAGGACAAGUCGCUUGACGAGCUGCAGGCCGUGCACAUCUCGGCGCCGCAGUUCCUGUACGCCUUCGGGCCCAGCGUCGACGGCAUCGUGAUCAAGCACGACUACCGCCGCGAGAUGCGGAAGCGCGCCGACGAGAUGAGCAAGGAGUACGACCUCCUGUUCGGCGUCGUGCCCAACGAGGCCUACAACGCCUUCAGCGACAGUGACAUCGAGAAGGGCUUCGACAUGGGCAAGCGCGACCGCAUGUUCCGCACGAUGGUCCGCAACUCGUACGACUACCACCUGAACGAAGUGUACAUCUCGGUCGUGAACGAGUACACGGACUGGGAGAAGCCCGAGCCGCACCCGACGGCCACCCGCGACGCCACCAUGGACGCCCUCAGCGACGCGCAGUACGUCGCCCCGCUGCUCAGCACCGCCAACAACCUCCGCAUCGGAGACAAGAACCAGUUCUUCUACGUCUUCGACCACACCGCAGCGCACUCAGACAAUCCCUACGCGGUCAAGAGAGCGGUACACGGGGACGAGCUGCCCUAUGUGUUCGGCGCCCCCCUGGUAGGCGAGCUGGGGGUGUUCACGGGGAAUUGGACGCGGGAAGACAUAAUAAUAUCUGAGGCGAUGCUCACUUACCUCACCAACUUCGCCAAGACAGGGAACCCAAACUUUCGCUCUGGACAGGAUAUGAACAAUCAGGCUAGAGAGAAGAACCGGUUCAAGAACCUGGAGUGGCAAAAGUACGACCCCAUAUACCAGAAGUACUUGGAAAUAGGGCUGAAGCCGAAGCUGCGGGACCACUACCGCGCGCACCAGCUGGCCCUGUGGACUUGGCUCAUCCCUCAGCUGCAGCGCGUCGGGCGCCUCGAGUUCCUGACGCUGCACGACCCCGAGGCGGAGGACGUCGCCGCCGAGGACCAGCUGCAGGAGCUGUCGGUGCUGCACCACCUGUUCUCGCAGUACGACGACCCCGACCUGUACAGCGGCCCCGUGCGGCCCCUGCAGCACAUGGCGGGCCACUACAUCCUGCCGUCGACGACCAGCACGCCCGCGCCGCCCACCACCACGACGCCCCAGCCGGGGCCGCGCCAGCCACCGGCCUUCGCGCCCAACACCACCGCCCACGCCGAGGCCACCAAGCCCGAGGGCGUGGACUACGUGGCCUACUCGACGGCGUUGUCCGUCACCAUCGCCAUCGGCGUGUCGCUGCUCAUCCUCAACAUCCUCAUCUUCGCCGGCGUCUACUACCAGCGGGACCGGUCGCGCCUCGGCGACAAGCAGGAGCAGCAGAGCCAGCAGAACAGCCAGAGCAGCAGCGAGCAGCAGAUGGCGGCGGCCAUCAGCUCGGCGUCCGGCCCUACAUUAGGGUCGAGUAUUAACCUGGAGGUGACCAAGCCGCCGCUCAGCGUGCCGGCCUCGCUGAAGGCGCCGCCGCCGUCGCCGCUGGCGCACACGCAGGCCUUCACGCACAUCUCCGAGUGCCCGCCGGCCUUCGCCGACACGCCGCUGGCCGUGGAGGGGGGCGGGCACUGCGUGGCCGUGCCGCCUCCCAACAUACCCAACGGCAGCGCCACGCUCGUCGUGAUGCCGCGGCCGCCGCCGCCGCCACGGCUGAUGCCGGCGGAGUCGCAGCCGCUCCUGCCGGUACACGUGCCGGCGCCCCCGCGGGGGAAGAUCCCGCCCUACGAGGAGCUGCGCGUAUGA